GAGCGGCAGAGCCGGAAGGAAGGCCCAGAGCGUAGGCGCGCAGCAAGAUGGCGGCGACCAAGAGGAAACGGCGUGGAGGCCCAGCGGGUCAGGCAAAAAAGCUAAAAAGAACCGAAAAAGAUGCCAAGCCGCCUGCUAAGGCCAGCGACGUAGCAGAGAAGGCGGAAGGGGAAGAGAGAGAUCGUAUCCCAGGCCCGGUUUGCAAGGGCAAGUGGAAAAAUAAGGAACGGAUUCUUAUCUUUUCUUCCAGAGGAAUAAAUUUCAGAACAAGACAUUUAAUGCAAGACUUGAGAAUGUUGAUGCCUCAUUCUAAAGCAGAUACUAAAAUGGAUCGUAAAGAUAAGUUAUUUGUGAUUAAUGAGGUUUGUGAAAUGAAAAACUGCAAUAAAUGUAUCUAUUUUGAAGCUAAGAAAAAACAAGAUCUCUAUAUGUGGCUUUCAAAUUCACCUCAUGGACCAUCUGCUAAAUUCCUUGUUCAAAAUAUUCAUACUCUAGCUGAGCUGAAGAUGACUGGAAACUGUUUGAAAGGUUCUCGGCCCCUCUUGUCUUUUGACCCUGCUUUUGAUGAAUUACCACAUUAUGCUUUGUUAAAAGAACUCUUAAUUCAGAUCUUCAGUACACCACGCUAUCACCCCAAAAGCCAACCAUUUGUGGACCAUGUGUUUACUUUCAGCAUUUUGGAUAACAGGAUAUGGUUUCGGAACUUUCAGAUCAUAGAAGAAGAUGCUGCUCUGGUAGAAAUAGGACCUCGUUUUGUCUUAAAUCUCAUAAAGAUUUUCCAGGGAAGUUUUGGAGGACCAACUUUGUAUGAAAAUCCUCACUACCAGUCACCAAACAUGCAUCGGCGUAUCAUAAGAUCCAUCACAGCUGCAAAAUACAAAGAGAAACAGCAAGUGAAAGACGUGCAGAAACUGAGAAAGAAGGAACCAAAGACUAUUCUUCCCCAUCGAUCCCACUGCAGAUGUUUUUGUUACACCAGCUGAGGAAAAGCCGAUAGAAAUACAGUGGGUAAAACCAGAGCCAAAAGUCGUUUAGAAAGACAAAGAAAGAAAAGGAUUUACAAAAGGCAAAGAAAAAUGAAACAGAAGGUGAACAGUGGGAAUGCAAAGUGAAUCAAUGGAUAACUAAUUUGUUUUCAGUUGUUUUUAUAUUUAUUUUCUAUUCAGUGUGUAAAUACUUUUAUUAUCCAGGGCUGUCUUAUAUCUAAUUAGUGUGGCAUUUAAAAGAAAAAUGAAAAUUAAGAUCUUGUGGCUUCAGUGGCAUCUGUGUUUUUCUAAAUAAAAUAUCACCAGAACUCAUCAGUUAA